AUGUUUGCAAUAUGUUUGAGGCCUCAAAAAACUAAAGAGAACGAGAGUGUGAUUUAAACCUCUUCUAAAGACCAUGCGAUCAAGGAAGAUGAAACGAAGGUUGUGAGUAAGAGCCUGGCAAAAAUAGAAUAAAAAGAAAAUAAAUAGGUCUCCAUAGCUAAGUAAGAACAAGUGAAAUAAGUUACUUUAUCUCUUUCUUAGUUGAAGGUUACUAAAGAAGAUAAUUCAGAAAAAUCAUAACCAAAAUAAUCUAAAGAAGAUCAUUGCGAAUUAAUCUAGUCUAAGAAUGAAGAAAAGAUUAAGGAUGACUGUAAUUUUGAUGAUCAGAACAACUUGAAAAAAAUAAUGGACAUUAAAAUAUUUCUGACUAGCGACAUAUAAGGCAAUAUGAAUUUGAGAGAAAUCUACCAAGAUAAAGACUUGCUUAAUCGAAUUAUCUUAAAGUAGAGGUUUUUAAAAGAUAAAAAUCAUUUUGAUGCAAAGGAGUAUUUUGGUGGAAGUGGAUUGAAAAAAAAUGAGUUAGAUUAAAUCUUCAAGUAAAAUAAAUUAACAAACUCUAUUAAUUCAUUGUUCUCUAAAUUAUCUUGUUGUUCUUUAGCAAACACUGAAACUGUUAAAACUGAGCAUAAACAUGAAAUAGAAAUAACUGAUAAUGGAAUAUUGAAUAAAAAUUUUAUAGAUAAAUAAUUUAAUCCCUACCCUCAGGUAGACAGCGUUCUUUCAUCUUUUUCUUCUUCAGAAAAUAUCUAAGCUUGUCUAAAACAAAAAGAUUCAUAAAAUCAAAUAAACUCAAUAAAUACGAAUGAUAGCAGUUAAUCUGAGACUGAGAAGCAGUCUUAUUAAAUGUGUAGUUUAAAGCAAGGGCUGAUAAGACCUUAAAGCCACUAAAGAGACAAAUUUUACUAAACUGUUGAUUUUAAAAAGAGUUAAUUUACAUAAGAAAAAACUAAACUAUCUCUUUUUCAUUUAAAUAACCAAAUGACAUGCAAAAUAUAAAGCACAGAUAAACUACAAAUUAAAUAAAAGAAACACUCUUUCUUACAGGUUGAACAAGUUUAAAAAAAUAUUAAAAUUGAAAAGGCAUCAUGUGCUCGUAAAUACACAGAUGGACAAAAUCAAAUAAUUAAAUAUAUUAAAGAUUAACUAGGACAAAAAAACCUUAGCAAAGAGCCUAAAGAUCAAAAAAGCCAUUUAAAUUUGAGUGCUACUUAAUCUCCUUAGAAAAACCCAUUAGAAAGAGGAUUAAAAUCUGAAAACUAGUGUAAAAUUUUUAAUGAAUCUACAUUAUCUUAAACAAAAGAGGAUUUCGUAUAAUAAAAUAAUAAUUUUAAGCCAUAAUCUCCAGUGUAAAUUUUUCAAAAGAAUUUCAAUAUUAUAUAAAAUUUAAAAAAUAUUCAUAUUUAUAUUAGCUUAGGUACAAAAAAUUCAAUAAAAUAGUUACAAAGUGUUAGGAAAUGCUUAUUUUAUAGCUAAAACACUAGAACAGAUAAAAACUAGCAUGCAUGA